AUGGUUUGGGGUAUCCCAGCCCUAAACUCAGACAAUGCUUACGAUUCGCACAUCAGUAUGCCGAUCAUGGCUGAUCUUUUGGAAUUGAGUCCACUCACACUACACUAUGCCUACUUUAUUUUCACGCCUGCCAUCGGCAGUGUCAUAUUAUACACGGCUUCGUCGGAUAUCCACGGUCUCCACUAUUCUGAUGCUUUGUUCAUGUGCUUCAGCGCUAUGACGGGGACUGGGCUGAGCGUGAUUGACCUGUCUACGCUAAACCCUUUACAACAGGGCACCCUGUUUUGCCUUCUUAUUCUCGGACAUGCAUUUCCUAUCUUCGCAAUCAUCUCUCUAUUUCGUGUCUGGAAGUUCCGGUCCGCUCAGAGAGAUAAUUCAGACAGGGGAAAGGAAAAGAAAAUGGCCUGUAACGAAGAGGGUGCUCUGUCUGCCAAGGGUAUAGGCAACGCAAAAGCCACUACCGUAGUGAGGGAAUUGCAACCAGAUGCUUCGUCUUCCUGCGAGCCCGAAGGAUCAUGCGAGGACUAUGGCUUUAUCGUUGUCACAGACCCGAGACAUCCCGACAGAAGUCAGCAGGUCACUUCCAUUAUUGUGGACGACAAGAAGGAUGUUGGGAAUUGGAAGGCACAUAUCCCACGCCUGAGUUCCUGGUUAAAGGGCAUGGUGCGACGAGCAGCCAACCCUCUCUCCUGCAGAGAACCAAUCAACUGCAAAGAAAUAGGCGAGGUAGAGUGCAGGGCACUUUUGUUAACGGCAGUAUUUAUCAUACUAUAUUUCAUCGGUUUCCUCGUUCUUGGUAUCGUGGGUAUCGGCCUCUGGUCCAAGUUCGUCCGCCCAGACAUUCCAAGGGAGGAUGGAGCCUCCCCUUUCUGGGCAGGAGCUUUUCUUGCUACAUCUGCACUCUGCAACAACGGCAUGUCUCUCAUUGAUGCUAAUAUGGGCGGUUAUCAAAAUGAGCCCUUUCCGCUUCUUGCCUGCGGCUUUCUUAUCCUUGCCGGAAACACACUUUUCCCUUGUUUAUUAAGAUUGCUGAUUUGGGGUUUGAGAAAGAUGUUGCCGAAUAACCCCACUUGGCAGUCGUGGCGACGAACUUUCGAUUUUACCCUCAGUGAUUCCCAAAAGGCCUGCGCUUACUUAUACCCUGCUUCGCAUACAUGGUUUAUAUUGGGCACAGUCGUUGUUCUCAAUGCCAUCAUGUGGGGUGCUUUCGAGGUCUCUGCCAUCAAUAACGAGGAGAUUGGCUCUCUUCCAGUCGGGUUCCGGGUCCUAGAUGGGCUUUUCCAGGCUUUAGGUAUUUAUUUCUGGUCAUCCAUCAUGGAUUAG